GUUUCCGAGCUUGGUAGCUACAACUGCGGUUGUUCCGUCAUAGAACCUCUGCUACAACGGCAACCACGAGUUGAACCGAAUUCCGGUCCGACCGACACUCUCAUCGCUACCGUCAAUCGGCUGCUGUUUCGAGCAAUUGCGUGGUGCGGAUGUUCCACUGGCGUGGGAAGGAUAGCGUUGCGCGAGAGGGGGCAUAAUGCGCCUGGAGCAGCCAUCACGUCCUCCAGUCCGUAUAGGGAUGAGUCGUGCUACACCCGACUCCGUGGUAGCACAAACAUUGGAGUCAGAGUCAGUCGCAGGAACACUACCACUAAUGCUACUGCCUUCUCGCCGCGAUUUACUACUACCACAAAGUAUUGCUUCUCCCACCGUGACAUUCCGUAGUACAGCACUGCUGGCAGCACACGCCAGCCAGUCCGUCCGCACUGAAGCUUUACCACCGCCGUCACCGUCACCGUUACCGUCAUCGUCACCGUGACGACGCGCAGAGAACACGAACCUCCUCCCCGCCGUGGCUAGUAAUCUAUCUUUUGGCACUAUGGCUGCUGCGUCCCCUUCCUGCGCCCGCGCGGCCUUUGACAGCCCGCCGCGUUCUUCGCGUCUCUCGACCCGCCGGUCGCCGCCGCCAGGCUCCGCUGCCGCCGCCGCGGCUUUCUCGAGCCGCUUCGCCGCCUCGCCGCAUCUGCUCGUUCUGCUCCUGCUGCUCUCCCUCGCCGUCUCUCAGACCCACGGACGUGCUCCGGCCAGUGGCGUCGCGGACGUCGCUGAUUCGCAGUCCGAGGUCGGCGCAUCCCAAGGCCGCCAGCACGACCCGCCCGCCAGCAACGGAGGGGAGGCGGCGGUUGGCGCGACGGGUGCGGGGAGUGAUCACGAUGGCGCGGAGUCCGCUAUUGAGGAGUGGCUGCGCCGAUCAGCGGAAGCAGGCGCGCAGUUCUUCCCCCUGCAGCGCGCGGAAGACGCCCCCAGCAGGGAGGAGCUGCACCGGCGGAUUCUCGCGCCAUCAGACAUCGGGGGGGGCAUGAAGGGCAAGGGAGGGCCCCAGAAGGCAUCCAAUGACUCGGCAUUCGUGCCGAUGCUAGAGUACGACAGCACGCUUCUCUCCACGGCCAACGGCAGCCUGGGCAACGCGUUUGUCAACUACAGCACCUUCGGAGACAACACCAAGAUACGCCUCCCCGUGUACCCCUACUACGUGGAUCUGAAGCUGGGGUCGCAGCGGCAGCAGUUCAGCUUGGCGCUCAACCUGUACCUUCCCUACACCUGGGUGCCCUGCGACUGCCUCCACUGCGGCACCGCACGCCGGGGGACGCCCGGCAGCAAGCCCUUCAGCACGCUCUCAUCCACAUCUGCCGCCUUCAUCUCCUGCGCCGACAACAGCUGCAUUACGGGCUCUGAUUAUGGCUUUUUUGGAUGCAACGUGGAGGGCCUGCCCAACUACGUCAACACCACGGGCCUGCUGCCAGGGGACGAUGCUCUCUGCGUUUACAGGGCGUUCGCAAGCACGGUUGACUACUAUGAAGCUGACUAUGACGCCAAGUCUUACUUAUUUUCUGUCGGGCAUGUGGUGAGGGAUACCCUCUACCUCGCUGCACCUGAUGGCAGCGAGGUCAACCGAACCAUCACCUUUGGCUGUGGCAGCAACCAGCUGGGCUACUGGGGGAUGCAGGGCUGGCAGUACGGCUCGUGGGCGGCGGGGGGCGUGCUGGGGAUGGGCUUUGGGGCUUCUUUUGUGGAGGAGCUUAGCGCAGGCACUGGAGGCUCCUUCGCCGUGUGUUUGGACAAGCCCACCCCCACGAACAAGCCAGCAUGGAAUGAGAAGAAGCUUCUGCAGAAGGGCAGCAGCCACCUCACCAUCGGCGCCGUCGGCCUCCCUGCCGGCGCCCAGUACUCGAACAUAUCAGACCCGGCAGGCAUGCAGUACAGCCACAUCACGCUCACUACCGCAGCUCGCUCCGUCAACAUCACGGACGAUCCCUUGCAAAUAGACGACCCAAAGCUAUUCAUGCCCGAGGACGCCACUGCACCUGCCGGCUUCUACUUCAUGCCCGAGUCCUUUGUGCAUCUCCUCCGCCUCCCUCUCUUCAAAAGCCUCCGCGAUGCUCUUGAAGCCAUGACAGGGCAAACUUUCUUGCUGGACUCCAAUUCCACCACGCUGAUCAUAUAUCGACUUCUCUGCUUCGAGAACAAGAACAAGUCCGUUGACCCCUUUGCCACCUUCCCCACCAUCGACAUUGCUUUCUUCAGUCCAAACAAUGCAAGCGGCCUCUCCCACUUCUACCUCAAACCGCCUGAGUACCUCGCCAAGGUUUCGGCUUCCAGGUACUGCGUCUUGGCCACACCGACUUAUCCUUAUCAAUUUUACACCAAUGCUAUUGGAGAGCCGGGUUUGUUCAACAAGUAUCUCUUCUUUGACUAUGCCAACUCCACUGCAGGGUGGCUUGAUUCGCCCCAGUGCGGAGCGACACCCAAGAUGCCUCCUCCCUCCCCUCCGCCGCUCUCCCCCGUUUCUAAAGCUGCCAGCACCUCCCGUUCUCUGGCAGCAGUCAUUAUUGUCAUCGCCAGAUUCACUGCCCUGCUUGCUCUCACCAUCACUCUCUUGUAGUGCAAGUGUACAGGACAAGAGUGUCAACAUAUAUUUGUAAUGUUAUAGGCUAGAUAGGUGCAUGCUCAUGGAGAGUACAACUCAUCACUCAUUCUUGUUCAUUGCGAUAUUCUGAGAUGGUAUCACGCUAGGUUAAUACUCCCUCCCCACUUAGCUGAAAUCUAGGGUCGCGGGGGGUAUAGGAGGAAUGACUCUUGGAUUGGGGGGACUUAGCCGAAAUCUAUAGGUUGCCAAGGGGAGAAAUUAUUAUAGCGGGGGAUCGCAUGAGUGAUUGUGUAAGGGUGAUUUU